GUCCUCAAUCACAAUAGCAACCCUUCCCCGCAUGACUCGGGAUGUUCUCUCCGAGCUUCUUCUCUCCACCAGUUCUCCCAACAAGCUUGCCAUCAUCGACGUAAGAGACCAGGACCACAUCGGCGGGCAUAUCUAUUCCUCCACCUGGGUUCCAAGCUCAUCACUCGACUAUCGCAUGCCGGAACUGGUCCGAACGCUCAAAGACAAAGAAAAGGUUGUAUUCCACUGCGCUCUGAGCCAACAGCGCGGCCCAUCUGCCGCCCUCCGCUACGCGCGCGAGCGAGAGGCGGCAUUGGGUCCUGAAGAGAGCAAGAAGCAGCAGGUUUAUGUCCUCGAGGGCGGGUUUGUCCAGUGGCAGGAGAAAUAUGGUAAAGACACCCGGCUGACAGAGGCGUACGUCGAGGAUAUAUGGAGGGAGUAUUGAAACACGUUCGGACCGUCUCGUAACAGUGACCCCAUGCGACGUGCAGCGCUUUCCAUCGACUUUACAAGCCUCGCGAGGAGGACUCGGGUCCGGUUUACAACGGCCGGGUGCCGGUGAGCUUCAGUUCAGUGCCACGCCAUGUUGGACUGGUGCGUCGGGAUAUGGCGGGUUCUAACGCUGCAAACAAGAUGGCGCAAUGAUUAUAGAGCCUUCUAACGCAACCACUUGUCUAUACACGCUAAGAGCUUGUGGAUACCUCUUCUAUAUAUACAUCUAUCGUACAGCUGUCUUAAUAAGUACGCAGAAAGAAUCGCAGGUAUUACUACAAUAUUACAUCUGAACAGUC